GAAAAAUUCCCGGAAGUAAGCUCUGUCGUUUACCUAGCAUGCUAAGCUAACUCAUUUCGUAUGCUGCUGGAAGAAGACAUGGGGGCUGUGUUUCACAGCCAUUACUGAUAGUAGCGCCGCAUGAAAUCCAUUUAGAACCAGACUGAAACCUGAGAGUCUCUUUUGUAUUCCGCUGCUGGAUCAAGCCUGAACAUGGAGUCGAUGUUGAACAAACUGAAAAGCACCGUCACUAAAGUGACGGCAGAUGUCACCAGCGCCGUCAUGGGCAACCCGGUGACGCGGGAAUUUGAGGUUGGCCGACAUAUCGCGAGCGGAGGUCCUGGCCUUUGCUGGAGGAUCUACAAUGGCACCAAGAAGUCUACCAAACAGGAAGUAGCAGUGUUUGUGUUUGAUAAGAAGAUAAUCGACAAGUAUCAGAAGUUCGACAAGGACCAAAUCAUUGAUUCCCUGAAGCGAGGGGUGCAGCAGCUGACCAGACUGCGUCACCCGCGCCUCCUGACCGUGCAGCAUCCGCUGGAAGAGUCACGGGACUGCUUGGCAUUCUGCACAGAGCCAGUGUUUGCCAGUCUGUCCAACGUGUUGGGCCAGUGGGACAACCUGCCCAGCCCCGUGCCCAAAGACAUCAAAGAAUACAAACUCUAUGAUGUGGAGACCAAAUAUGGCUUACUACAGAUCUCGGAGGGUUUGUCGUUUCUCCACAGUGGGGUUAAGAUGGUCCACGGCAACUUGUGUCCAGAUAAUAUCAUCCUCAAUAAGAGCGGAGCCUGGAAGAUCAUGGGCUUUGACUUCAGCAUAUCCUCAACUAACCCUUCGGACGCUGAGCUGAAGUACACAUGUAAAGAGUGGGAGCCCAACCUUCCGCCGCUCUGCCUCCCCAACCCGGAGUACCUGGCCCCUGAAUACAUCCUGUCCGUCAGCUGCGACUCGGCCUCCGACAUGUACUCUCUCGGAGUCAUAAUGCACGCCGUUUUCAACGAAGGCAAGCCUGUAAUCCAAGUCAACAAGCAUGAUAUUUUUAAGAGUUUCAGCAGGCAGCUGGAUCAGCUGAGCAGCAUGAAUCCGGCACUGCUGAGUAAGAUCCCGGAGGAAGUACGAGAGCACGUCAAGAUGUUACUCAGCGUGUCGCCGACGGUCCGACCGGAUGCAGACCAGAUGACCAAGAUUCCAUUUUUCGAUGAUGUCGGGGCCGUAACGUUGCAGUACUUUGACACACUCUUCCAACGGGACAACCUGCAGAAAUCUCAAUUCUACAAAGGUUUACCAAAAGUGCUGCCAAAGCUACCAAAGAGAGUUGUGGUGUACCGCGUAUUGCCGGCGUUGACCUCGGAGUUCGUCAACCCAGACAUGGUUCCGUUUGUGCUGCCGAAUGUGCUGCUUAUUGCCGAAGAGUGCACCAAGGAGGAGUACGUUCGCCUCAUCCUGCCCGACCUCACGCCUGUUUUCAAACAGCAGGAGCCUCUGCAGGCUAGUAACAUGAUCCUGCUAAUAUUCCUGCAAAAGAUGGACCUGCUGCUGACCAAGACGCCGCCAGAUGACAUCAAGAACAGCGUGCUUCCCAUGGUCUACAGGGCUGUGGAGGCUUCCUCAGUUCAGAUUCAGGAGCUGUGCCUGAACAUCAUCCCGACGUUUGCCAACCUGAUUGACUAUCCGUCCAUGAAGAAUUCUCUCAUCCCGCGCAUCAAGUCAGCCUGCCUGCAGACGUCCUCUCUCGCUGUGCGAGUGAACUCCCUGGUGUGUCUGGGGAAGAUUCUGGAAUAUCUGGAUAAAUGGUUUGUCAUCGAUGAAAUCCUUCCCUUCCUUCAGCAGAUCCCCUCCAGAGAGCCAGCUGUCCUGAUGGGCAUUUUGGGCAUCUAUAAAUGCACCUUUACCCACAAGAAGCUUGGCAUCCCCAAAGAGCAUCUCGCCACAAAGAGUUUGCCCCACCUCGUCUCUCUUAGUAUCGACAACAACCUCAAUCUAAAUCAGUUUAAUUCUUUUAUGAUGGUAAUCCGGGACAUGCUGAACCGCAUGGAAGCUGAACACAAAACCAAACUGGAGCAGCUGCAUAUCAUGCAGGAGCAGCAGAGGAGUCUAAACAUCACAAAUCCAGGGAAUUCCACAGAAGAAACUAAAAGCCCACCAAACUCUGGAAACCAGAUUGACGACAUAUUUGGCAGCGCGAGUGUUAAUGGGAAAGAAAAUGGAUCUGCUGCAACACCGUCGCAGCCUAGCAGGGUUUCUCUGACUCUGGAGGAGAAACAAAGGUUAGCCAAGGAACAGGAACAGGCAGCUAAGCUGAGGAGCCAGCAGCCGUUGGCACCUCAGGCCAUCAAACCUUCGUCCUCCAGCAGCUCACAGACUAAAGACCUGACCAGCAGCCUGCUCAACAGCAUGACGUCUCUAAACAGCCUGUCCAUGGCGAGCUCAGUGCGGCCACCGCCAGUACAAGGCACCAACAUGUCCGCCUUCCCCUCGUCCGGUCCGAUGGUGGGGCCGGUCUCUAAUGGUUUCAACCCCAGCAUGGGUUUCCAAUCUGGGGGCGUCGGGAUGGGCAUGCGGCCCUCGGGCCCCGGCCUCUACGGAGGAAUGGCCUCCACCGCCAGCACCCCCAACUUCGGGGCUCUGACGCAGAAUCAAGGAGCGUCUGGGCUGACGAACAGACCGCCCAACAUGUCGGCCUUGGACAACCUGUUUACACCCAACAAACCCAAAGUCUCUCUCAACCAAAUAGGUCCCCAGGCCGCACCUGGAGGCGGUUCCCCCUGGGCCAGUCAGUUCGGGUCGGCCCAGAACACUCAGACUCCGAUGGCGGUGGGGAUGGGAGGGAUGCCCAGCGGGUUUGGGAUGCAGGCAAACCCUUUCUUCAGCCCACAGAACUUUUCUCAGCCGGGUUCUGCCCCGAGCAUGAACCCAGGCGGAGUGAAACCGAGCGCGUCUGCGAACAAUGACCUGCAGGACUUAUUUGGCUGAAACGAAACGGGGGACGGGAAAAAAAAAAAGAAAAGAAAACAACCCCCUGAUGAAGUAUAUUCUUUUAAAGACUGUAGAGAUGAGCGCUUUGAAUUAUCACAGAUGAUUGUGGAGCACUUUCACAGGUGUUUUUGUACUUUUAAUCUCGUCUAAUUUAACGUCUCGUGCUGACGGUCUGCUGGAAAAUGGAACCCGCGCCAACGGUCCGGUGUGGGCUUCACUUCUUUUAUGCUUCGGUCUUUCAAUGCUGGGGGUUUCCUACUGUUUUUGUACUUUCCCACGCAAAUAUAUUGAUUGGGUCAAGAUGAAUUUGAGUUUGGUUCAAAUUCAUUCCUUGUCCGAAUGGAAGGAGAGUAUUUUGCUUAAAAGAACAAGAUCUUUUUCAUUUUCAUACUUAGGAAAUGUUGAAAACCUGCUGUGCUCACUUCACAUCUGCUCACUUUCAGGCUUCUGUACUUCCACUGCCUUUUCAGAAUAUUUUGAGGAACAUGGUGUGUGAUUUCAUUGGGAGGCAGGCUUGCUUUUGAAAACCGCUUAUUUGCGGUUUCACAUGUUAUAUAUGUUUCUCUAAAGAUAAACUGGACAAUCCUUCUGGGCUUCAUUCUCUCGUAACCCGACCAAAAUGAUCUCCAUUCCUUGCACGUUGGCCUCCAUUUGCUUUCAUCAGCUUUGCAGGUGAAUAUCCUGGUUUCUCUUGCUGCAGAGUCUUUCUCCUUUCUGGUUCUGGUCACAGCGGAGUGGCUGUUACUGCUGUGUUCAAUGCUAAAGGCGAUGUGGAAAGUCUGCACUUCUUUUGUUCUUGUGCCUUACAAGGGCACAUGGCUAAAACUAAGCAGCACUCAAUUGUUACACAAGUAGGCAUGGGUCAGGAUAAAAUAUUAAUAUAUUGAGGAUCAUACCAUGGUGUUAUACUGUGAACACACAACAUUUUUUAAAUUAUGUUAUUGCUUAUUAAAACAGGAAAACUAACUGAUUCCUAAUGCUGCAAAAGAAAUUACAGUUUUAUAAUAUAAAACUGUAAUUUUGCUUUACUUGUUGAGCUCUAUUUUUUUCUAAGUUCUGCUCCAUCUAAUUCACAUAACCUCUAGGAAUCACUAAAAUGUUGUAAAAAUACAAUUCUUUGUUCUUCCUCAAAGUUAUGAAGAUGAGUUUCUGGUCAGGAUUUCCUCUCAGCAACUGAUUUCUUAGUGGACUGAUGCAACAUUUAUUUAUUAUUUGAAUUUUAAUACAUAAGCUUAAGCAAAAAUAUUAAACAUCUGCUAAAUUUAGUUGUAGUUUUGUCACAACUUUUCUAUUCUUUAUACAUUCUGCUUAAACUUAAACUAGCUGAAGUUAGCCAGGCUAUCUGUGUCAGAUUCUCAGUUUUUAUGCUGUAGUUUUAAAACAUGUUUUGCCUUAAAUGUAGGGGUGGAUGAUGCUCCUUUAGUUUCCAUUUUUAAAGUGAAGACGGCUAUGAAUGGAAAUAUUUCCACGUGGGAACAACUAAGUUAGAUUUGGGAACGAUACACCGGAAAACUUUUGCAGUUAUUGAAGUUUUUUACCUUGAUAAGAGUAACUGGCCCAUGCUAACACAAAAUUGUUUCAAUGGAUGUGACUUGCUUGGUUUUUCUUAUUAUCAAUUAAUAUUACAGAUUUUUUUUUUUUUAUGUGACCAACCAUAUCACAUUCCCCAUAUUUUGUGUGCAUUAAUAUGAAAUGUAACUGUGUAGUUAUUUCAACAUGGAGUUAAUUUUGUGAUUCUGGGUUAAGAGGCCUUAGAUGAGUCGAGUGCAAUAAUCCUUUUCGGUUCUUGAGGGUGAAAAUAGUUUGUCGGAACCAGCUCUCCUUGUGUGUGACUUUCUCUGCUGACCUGCAGUUAACUUCACUGUUCUGUCGGAUUUUAUUAAUGACUAGAUAUUAAUGUGAAUUCACUCUGAAUUAAACAUUUUGGGUCUUUUAGAUUCACCGCGCUCACAUUGAUUCUGCUGAUGAUUGUCUUUUAUUUAAUGUUUUAAGAUAAACUUCGCUCUUCAGGUUCUGUUCAUUUCCACACUGUUGACGCUUUGCUUUGAUUAACUCGAUUGGUUUACUGGAGUGUUGUUUCACAUAUUGUAGCAGAACCCCAAAGCUAACUGAAACUCGGUCUUUGAUUAGGCCGUUUGUAAACUACUGCUGUUCUGUGUGUGAAGUGUGAGCCUCGUUUUGUGUCCAGGUGCUGGUUUCUGAAGUGGUUCCAUGAAGAUCUGUACAUAUAUAAAAGCAUACAAUCUAAUAUUCUCAAA